GCAGCCCCUGAAGGAGAGACAGGCAGGGACCUCGCAGCUCCGCAGACAUCCAGGAACUGCUCCUUCCCCUAGCACGGAGUCACCCCAGGUGCCCCUCGCACUGUCCUGCUGGAAACUCCGAAGAUCCAUCCCGGCCAGUGAUGCUGAUCUUGAGCUGUUCCUCCAAGCUGCGGCUGCUGGAGGGGAUGCUACGGCAGGGCCUGCCUGACACGCUACCGGUCUACGGCACUGUGAUGCAUGUGAAUCGCGGGAACCCGGCCAGCCAGGAGGUGGUGGUGGAUUCAUGGCCAGAGUUCAAAAUCGUCCUCACCCGGCCAAACAGAGAAGUGACAUGGGACCCAAGUGAUUUCGGCACCAACUUGUACACGGCCUUCUACCGAGACGAGGGAGCCUGCCGGGCCCUGCUGGGGAACAGCCGUGCCGUGGACUGGAGCCAGGCCUUCCAGAUACAGGGGCUGCAGGAUGGGGUAUACGAGACCAUCAGGGACAUUGCCAGGGCCAGGGGACAUGAGAUGAAGAUGUAUCCGUACCUGCCCCUGCUGCACCCAGACCCACCUUCCAUGCCCCAGUACCGGCAUGACGAGGGGCUCAGGCUGGCCCCCGUGUCCCCCACCCACGCCAUGCUACUCAGCAACACCUGGAUGUUUGGGUGGAACAGCUGGAGCCUGCGCUAUUUGUGCCUCCUGAUCCGCCACUUCCCCAACGCCUGCCUGCUGGCCCCUGAGGGGCCCCCCAUCUCCUGGUCCCUCAGCGACCCGCUGGCUGCCCUGAUGCACGGUUACACGCUCCCGGAGCAUCGCGGCCAGCGCCACAUGGCGCCCGUGGUGGGGAUGCUGGCGGCACAGUUGCACGCCCGCGGCUUCCCUGUGUACACCCGGGUGCUGCCCCACAACGAGCCCUCCCUGCGCUGCCUGCGCCACCUCGGCUUCCGCAUUCUGCCGGGAGUGUUCCACCAGCUGGUGGUGCGGCCUGGGUUCGCCCAGUCCCAGCCAGCCCAUGCCCUGGACUCGGCCCAGGGCCCCGCGCCCGGCUCUGGGGAACGGCCGUGCGCCCAGUAACACGCGGCACAGGGAGAGGCGGAGAAGGGGACGCAGCCCAGGGCCCCGCGCCCGGCUCUGGGGAAUGGCCGUGCGCCCAGUAACACGCGGCACAGGGAGAGGCGGAGAAGGGGACGCAGCCCAGGGCCCCGCGCUGGGGAACGGCCGUGCACCCAGUAGCAUGCAGCACAGGGAGAGGCGGAGAAGGGGACGCAGCCCAGGGCCCCGCGCCCGGCUCUGGGGAACGGCCGUGCGCCCAGUAACACGCGGCACAGGGAGAGGCGGAGAAGGGGACGCAGCCCAGGGCCCCGCGCCCAGCUCUGGGGAACGGCCGUGCGCCCAGUAACACACAGCACAGGGAGAGGCGGAGAAGGGGACGCAGCCCAGGGCCCCGCGCCCGGCUCUGGGGAACGGCCAUGCGCCCAGUAGCACGCGGCCCAGGGAGAGGCGGAGAAGGGGACGCAGCCCAGGGCCCCGCGCCCGGCUCUGGGGAACGGCCGUGCGCCCAGUAACACGCAGCACAGGGAGAGGCGGAGAAGGGGACGCAGCCCAGAGCCCUGCGCCCGGCGCUGGGGAACGGCCGUGCGCCCAGUAGCACGGGGCACAGGGAGAGGCGGAGAAGGGGACGCAGCCCAGGGCCCCGCGCCCAGCUCUGGGGAACGGCCGUGCGCCCAGUAACACGCGGCACAGGGAGAGGCAGAGAAGGGGACGCAGCCCAGGGCCCCGCGCCCGGCGCUGGGGAACGGCCGUGCGCCCAGUAGCACGCGGCACAGGGAGAGGCGGAGAAGGGGACGCAGCCCAGGGCCCCGCGCCCGGCGCUGGGGGACGGCCGUGCGCCCAGUAACACGCGGCACAGGGAGAGGCGGAGAAGGGGACUCGGCCCAGGGCCCUGCGCCCGGCUCUGGGGAACGGCCGUGCGCCCAGUAACACACAGCACAGGGAGAGGCGGAGAAGGGGACGCAGCCCAGGGCCCUGCGCCCAGCUCUGGGCCCUGCGCCCAGCUCUGGGGAACGGCCGUGCGCCCAGUAGCACGCGGCACAGGGAGAGGCGGAGAAGGGGAUGCAGCCCAGGGCCCUGCGCCCAGCUCUGGGGGACGGCCAUGCUCUGACCACCCGUAGCGCUGGGGGAGCGGAUGGGGACACGGCCCAGCCACUUCCAGGGACCUACUGCUCUGCCACCCCCACGAAGGGGACAUACUGACCAGCCACCAGGGGAAUCAGGGCCUGGUAGAGGAGACUAGCUCAUAGGCCAUUAUCCCCUGGAGCAGGGCAGAGGCUCAGCAGGGGGCACUCUCCCCCAGCAGUCAGUGCUGGCUCCAAAGAGAGCAGGGUGAGGGCUCAGCAGGGGGCGCUCUCCACUCAGGGUGCUGGCCCCGUGCCCUGUGCUCAGCAGGGGGCGCUCUCCACUCACAGGCCUGCACCAAUGCCCUGUGCUGUGAGCUCAGCAGAGGGUGCUCUCCUGCUCCCUUCCCCAGGCAGUUUGUUGCUUGGCUAGGGCUGUGGGUACGGGUCCCCUUUCCAGGAGCUGUCCGUGGUCUUGCCAAAGCUUUGGUGCAAGCUCCCUUGGGCUGUGACCACAUGUCCCAGCUGUGGCCUACCCCUUACCUCCCCCGUGGUGAUAGGGUGCAGUUGCUGGCCUUGGACGGUUGAUCCGGGGCCAGCAGGAAAGCCAGGCCAGGGCUUGUGUUUAUGAUGGUGCACUACACGUGGGAGGAGA